GGCAGCAACCCUGGGGGCAGAUGUUAUCCCCACUCCCAGUCAGAGAAGCUCAGGCUUGGAAAGGAGUUCCCCUGAGGAAAUUAGAGUCCAUCCGUGAGACCAUGAAGGACAAGGGUUUACUGGGGGAGUUCCUGAGGACCCACAAGAACGACCCUGCCCAGAAAUACCACUUCAGCGACCUUGGCAUGGUCUAUGAACCACUGGCCUACCUGGAUAGUCUGUACCUUGGGGAAAUCGGCAUCGGGAGCCCGCCACAGAACUUUCUGGUCCUUUUUGAUACCGGCUCCUCCAGCCUGUGGGUGCCCUCGGUCCAGUGCCAGAGCCAGGCCUGUGACAGCCACUCCCGCUUCAACCCCAACAUGUCCUCGACCUACUCCAGCGACGGGCAGAUCUUCUCCGUGCGGUAUGGCAGUGGCGGCCUCAGCGGCAUCUACGGCUAUGACACUCUGAGGGUCCAGAGUAUCCAGGUCCCCAACCAGCAGUUUGGCCUCAGUGAGCACGAGCCGAGUCCCUAUUUCAACCAGCUGAAGUUUGAUGGCAUCAUGGGCCUGGCCUACCCGGCACUGGCAGAGGGUAGGGGCACCACGGCCCUGCAGGGCUUGCUGAGGGCGGGCCUCCUCUCCAGCCCAGUCUUCAGUUUCUACCUCGGCCGAGAUAUGAGCUCUCAGAACGGAUCAGUUCUCAUAUUCGGAGAAAUAGACCACAGCCUGCACAGGGGACCGAUCUACUGGGCCCCCGUCACCCAGGAACGCUACUGGCAGAUUGGCAUUGAGGAGUUCCUCAUUGGCGGCCAUGCCAUGGGCUGGUGCUCCCAGGGCUGCCAGGCCAUUGUGGACACAGGCACAUCUCUGCUCACCAUACCCCAGCAGUACCUGAGUGCCCUUCUGCAGGCUACAGGGGCCGAGGCGGACCGGUAUGGACAGUUUCUCGUGGACUGUAACAACAUCCAGAACCUGCCCACCUUGACCUUCCUCAUCAGCCGUGUGCCCUUCUCCCUGCCCUACCACUCCUACGUCUUCACAGGAAAUGGCAUUUGCACCAUUGGGGUCCAGGCCACCUACCUGCCCUCCAGCAGUGGCCAACCCCUGUGGAUCCUCGGGGGCAUCUUCCUCAGGUCCUACUAUUCCAUUUUCGACAUUGGCAACAACAGGGUGGGCUUCGCCACGGCCGCCUAGACUCAGUGCCUGCACGCCUGGCUUCAUUCUUCCUCUCCACCCCCCACCCUGCAGGUGCUGCUUCUCUGGAUUCAGCCUUCUUUCUCUGG